AUGACGCGACUCGCAAACACCUUACGUUUGGUUCCGCAUUUGCACUGGAUUGUGGUUGAAGAUGGAAACGAAACAGUCCCUUAUGUUGGAAAAAUUCUCGAACGAUCCACCCUACCUUUCACCUACUUUGCUGCACAAACUCCAGCGGAUCAUCCAGGUCGUGGAUGGUACGAGCGAUCGAUGGGUUUGCAGUAUAUCCGAAAGAACGCCAACCAUCUAAUGGAACAUUACCUUUCUGGUGUUGUUUACUUCGCUGAUGACGACAAUGCAUACGACACCCGCCUCUUCACUCACUACAUAAGAAAUGUUAAGAAGUUGGGCAUUUCUACAUCAACAGGUUUAUCCGGCGGCUUUCCAGUGGAACAUCCCAUAACAAUUAAUGGGACUGUCGUUGGUUUUAACGCGUGGAGGGCGAAAUAUCGAAAGUUCCCUGUUGAUAUGGCCGGCUUUGCGCCGCUCAAUUUGGAUGUCUUGCUGCGGUAG